AACCUCAAUUACAUUUCUAUCAUUUUUUGUAAUAUUUUUUUUUAAGUAUUGACAUAAUUUUUUUGAAAGACUAUAACAAUGGAGAAAAUAUCAAUGAAGUUUGUUUUUGUUAUCUUCUUAGCUGUAAUGUCAACAGUUACAAAUGUUGAAGCAAAACGUUUACUCCCUGAAGAAGCUCCUCAAUUUGUGUUUCAUCAUGAUGAUUCAUUGCAGACAGUAAAACCACCAACACAAUUACAAGAGGCGAGUUGCAAGCCAAAAUGUGUACAAUGUGUUGUCACCGAACCUUUUGCUCAUAGUGUAUGCUGA